UUUCGGUGGAAGGUGGCGAGAUUCGCUUUCUCGAGGAGUUUCUCCUGCUCGCGUCAAAACAGGAAUGACAGCAGGGUUUUCCUCUUUAUCGCCAUCCGCCACCGACAUGACAGCCUCCGCCGAACGCGGCGACUCCCUCGGCCGGCGCCACCAGGACGGAGAACCUGCCUCUCUCGGAGCGACUCCGGCGAACGGAACGGAGACUGUCUGCCUACAGUGCGGGGACAAAGGCUGGGAUGUUGCUUUGAUCUAUUGUGACGACUGUGAAAAAUAUGCCAUUCACCGCUAUUGCCUAAAAACCUUGCCUAAAACUUUCGACGAACAUGUUGUUUGGUACUGCGAAGAUUGUGAACCUAAGGUUGGAAGGCCUGAUACUAAUGAGGAAAGUUGCUCUCCCCUGUGUGAAGAGGAUGACUUAGAGAUCACAGAAUUGGUUCAACAUACAAAGGAAUUGACAAAUAUUCCUCUAGAAAGAUUGAGGAAGAAGAAGGGGAUUGAGAAGUGGAGGAGGGAGAAGAAGAAGCUCAAGCUACAAACAGAAAAAGAUGAGGAAGGAGGACAGUUGUCUGAGAACAGCACGGUCUUUACUUCACAGAUAGAAGUUGAGAAAACCAAAAAUGUGCGUCUUAGUCAAGUUAAUGAAAAUUGGAGCAGCGGCCACUGUGACAAAGCUGAAAAUAUUGGAAUAGAUCUGAGAAAAAAUUCGGGAGACAUGUGGAACUCUCAUGAAGAGGCUGAAUUCAUGACAGCGCCAAAACUACGAAAGCUUGAUUAUCUGGAGCUAUUUGGGGAAGAUACUUAUGUUUGUGCCCAGCCAAUUAUUGAUCCAAUCUGGAGGGGAAGUUUGAAAUUCAACAAACAAGGGAUCAAUUAUUUUGGGAAAGUCGUGGCACACGUGUCCAACAUAGCAUGCCGUAAAGUGAGCGAGGAGGCAAAGUUGUUGCCUUCGUUGCUUUGCACUGAAUUGCAUUCCAGACCUGAAGUAUGGCCAAAAGGCUUCAAGAAUUGCGGUCCCAGUGAUGAUAGUAUUGCGAUAUAUAUAUUCCCCGAUAACAAGCGUGAACAAGAAUUUUUUGAUAGCCUUGUCGUUGAAAUGAUCGUCAAUGAUCUUGCCCUGAGAGCUGUGGUUUCCAAUGCAGAGCUCCUAGUUUUUACUUCCACAAAGCUGCCCUUGCACCUUUGGAGAUUCCAGUCAAAAUUUUAUUUGUGGGGGGUUUUCAGGGGUAAGCAAUCUUCUCCCGUGUCCAAGGUUGACACGAACAUGCCUGCAUCAGAGAAAGAUCCGUUGAACGCACACAGCCCUGGGAGUCCUCUGAGCAUCAGUGGAAGCGACGGUUCAAGCUCUGUGUAUUGACAAAUUCUUUUCUUCCUGGUUCUUCAGAUUUAGAUGUGCAGGUUCGGAAUGGCUUAUGUUAAAUGUACAGUUGAAGCCCCGCUCGUCCUUAGUGAGUCUUUCGUUUGUUGUUUGAUAGGGUGGCUUUUUGUUCUGUCGCCUAAAUUAAUCUUUUGUGUCUGACCUCCAAAAAAAAAAAAAAAAGAAAUACUAAUCUUUUGUGUG